GGUUUAAAUAAAUAAAUAAAAUAUGUAAAUUACCUUGUUAUGAGAUCCUUUUAUUUGUUUCAUUUGAGCUGCAUCCGUAAAGCCGCAUGUAAACAGUCUGUUGUUGACUCAGUGUUUAAAUAUACCGCAGGAGACCAGCCCCUGCUCUUAUUUUGAAAGUCUCCUCCAGGAAGCCCUUGUCUGUCACGGUUGUCAUGACGCCGGUCUGGUUCACGCAGCUCUAUGUUUAUAAAUCCAUCUGGGUGACGUCAGCAGGGUGAGCAGAGCGGACUCCCGCAGGAUAAAAGCAUGAGGCGCAGCGCGUGCAGCGUCGUGGAGGUAAUCGCGUCUUCCUCCUGCGGGGUCUCCGUUCAGCGCGAGACCGUUUGAGGAGCAGCGCAGGACCCUGGACCUGCAGAGAGGAGAUAGAAAGGGCUGAGGAAGGAAGGGAGAGGGAGAAGGACAGAGGGAGAGAGGGAGGCAGCUUCCGUGCGUUAUGCUUGGCAACAGAAAGAAAGCCGCCGCGGCGGGGAGGACCGGAGCCGGGACGUCCGAGUCCAAGGCCAUCGACCCCCUGAGGAAUCUGGGAGUGCAGGAGGAUGAAGACGUGAAGCGGAUGCUGCAGGGCUCCAGUAUGAUCAAGGUCCGCUCGCCUCGCUGGCAGAAGCGGCGAACUCUGAAGCUGAUGGAGGACGGCGUCACCGUCUGGUGCCAGUCCCACAAAACCUCCAGCUGGGCCAAGGAGCAGCAAUCCUUCUCCAUCAUGGAGGUGGAGUGCGUUCGCGAAGGUUGCCAGUCGGAGACGUUGCGGCAGAUGCUCGGCUCCGGCCCCGUGCAGCGCUGUUUGACGGUGGUCUUCAAGGGGCCCCGCAAGAGCCUGGACCUCCUGUGCCACAGCCAGGAGGAGGCUCAGCACUGGGCCCGCGGCAUCCGGACCCUGCAGGAGAGGGUGGCCAACAUGACCCAGAAGGAGAAACUCAACCACUGGAUCCAUGCCUACAUGAGCCGGGCCGACCAGAACCACGACGACAAGAUGAGCUACGACGAGGUCCAGACGCUGCUGCAGAUGAUCAACAUUGACCUGAAUGACCAGUAUGCCCGCAGCCUCUUCCAGAAAUGUGACCGGUCGGCCGACAACCGUCUGGACCACGAGGAGAUCGAGGUGUUCUGCAGGGAGUUGCUACGGAGACCGGAGCUGGACGCCGUGUUCAUCCGCUACUCCGCCAACAGCUGCGUGCUCUCCACCGUGGACCUGAGGGACUUCUUGAAGGACCAGGGGGAGGACGCGUCACUCAUCCACGCCCAGAGCCUCAUCCUCACCUACGAGCUCAACGAGUGGGCGCAGAAGAACCAGUUCAUGACCCCCAACGGGUUUACCAUGUACAUGCUGUCAAAGGGGAACUGUGCGUUCGACCCGGAGCACGCCAGAGUUUACCAAGACAUGACGCGCCCGCUGGCGCACUACUUCAUCUCCUCCUCCCACAACACCUACCUCACCAAGGACCAGCUGACCGGGGACAGCAGCACGGAGCCCUACAUCCGAGCCCUGAGUCAUGGCUGCCGCUGUGUGGAGCUGGACUGUUGGGAUGGAGAUAAAGGAGAGCCGGUCCUCUACCACGGACACACACUCACCUCCAAAGUGUCCUUCGUGGAAGUCAUUCAGACUAUCAACGAAUACGCUUUCAAAGCGUCUCCCUACCCUCUGAUCCUGUCCCUGGAGAACCACUGCUCCGUGGAGCAGCAGGCGGUGAUGGCCCGACACCUGAGAUCCAUCCUCGGGGACAAGCUGCUGACCGAGCCCCUCGGAGGGUUGGAUCCUCACAACCUGCCCUCUCCAGAGGAUCUGAAGGGUAAAAUCCUGGUGAAGGGGAAGAAGGAGCGCGUGGUGGAGGAGGGUUCCUCCAGCUCCUCAGACCUCAGCUCCUCGGAGGAGGAGGCCGGCAGAAAGACAGAGGACAAGAAGCCAGGUGUGUCUAAGCUGAGUCCAGAGCUGUCGGAGCUGGUGGUGUACACCCGCAGUGUUCCCUUUAGAAGCUUUGAGCUGGCGGCUAAAGGCUCGGCCACCGACAUGUCCUCUUUCUCUGAAAGUGAUGCGCUCAGACACGUGAAGGACUCAGGGAUUCACUUUGUCCGUCACAACAGCCACCAGCUGAGCAGGAUUUACCCGUCAGGCCAGCGCCUCCAGUCCUCCAACUACAACCCUCAGGAGAUGUGGAACGGAGGCUGUCAAAUUGUUGCUUUGAAUUUCCAGACACCCGGUGAGCAGAUGGACCUGAACCAAGGCCGGUUCCUCCAGAACAGCCAGUGUGGAUACAUGCUGAAGCCCCCCUUCAUGUGCCAGCCCGACACCACCUUCAACCCGGAGAAUGUCGGUGGAGGUCCUGGCCACAGACCGGUUCUGCUCACGGUCCGGGUCAUUUCAGCUCAGCAGUUGCCUAAACCAGAAUGGGACAAACCCAGCUCCAUUGUGGACCCUCAGGUGUGGGUGGAGGUGCAUGGUGUACCCAUAGACAACAACAAGAAGAAAACUCAUUAUGUCGACAACAAUGGAUUUAACCCACGGUGGGACUGUACCUUCAACUUUACCGUCCAUGUCCCUGACCUGGCUCUGGUUCGCUUCAUGGUGGAGGACCAUGACUUCACCUCAAGCAAUGACUUCCUGGGGCAAUUCACCCUGCCCUUUACGAGUCUCCUCACAGGUUACCGUCAUGUCCGACUGCUCAAGCUGGAUGGCUCCAACCUCUCGCCCUCCUCCCUCUUUGUUCACCUGAAGGUCACCCAAUGUCAAAGCAGUCCCUCAAAACCAUUCGCUAAGUCACCUGCCAAGUCUUUAUCCAAGAAACCCUAAGCCUAUCUCUACUACGUACAGUGGCAACAUGAGGCGUGGAAGCUGCCAUGGGCCGGUCCCCGGACAUAUCUGCCUGGAUCCAGGCAAAAGACUAAAAAAGAUUCAGGCUCUAAUUCAUAAGACGUAACUAUUAUAUGACCUUGUUUUACAAAUGUUGCAGCUAUAUCCUCAACCUGUCUCUAUUUUAUUGGAGAGGAUUGUUUCAUGUCUCUUUAAUCGAGCCUGAGAACUUACUGACAACUCAUUGAACCAGCCUGCAGAAGUAUAUUGAUCUUCGAGACCGUGACCAGAAAUUGAUGCUAGAUUUUGAACAUACUUCUCGCUAACCUCUCAAACUUGAUAACUCUCAACCCUGCUGAAGGAAUUAUUUUUUGUUAACUACAAUCAUCUUAUUGUGGUACAUUUAUAUGAUGUUAUCUUUGACUUGGCAGUCAUGUGUAGGUUUACUGCCAGUGUAUUGCUUAUGAUUGCAUCAUACACGUAACCAGCAACCUAGUUACCAGGUUACUCUGAGAACAUGUUUACAGGCUCUCUAAUAACGGUUGCCUGAUCCAGCUUUCAUUGUAAGGCUGUGCUCGCACACUCUUUGUAGCUAUACUAUACUAGCUAGUAGUUGUUUUACCCCAAAACUUUGACUUAUUUGUCACGUAACCGCUGUACUUCAGAUUCGUAGUUAUUACAACACAAUUGUUGAUUAAUUUGUCAGGUAAGUUCCCUACGUUAGUUCCAUACGUGAAUUCCGUACUUGAGUUCCGUACUUGAGUUCCGUACUUGAGUUUCGUACUUGAAUUCUGUACGUAAGUUCCGUACGUAAGUUCCAUACGUAAGUUCCAUACGUAAGUUCCGUACGGAAUUCCAUACGUGAGUUCCGUAGAUAAGUUCCAUACAUUAGUUCCGUACGGGAAUUCCAUACGUGAGUUCCGUAGAUAAGUUCCGUACGUUAGUUCCGUACGUUAGUUCCGUACGUGGGUUCCGUACGGGAGUUCCGUACGUGCGUUCUGUACGUAAGUUCCGUACGUAAAUGACGUCACUUCCGUAGUUACGUUGACCCAAAACUGAAUCUGUUCUUAUACCUAACCCAGAAGUUUCGUUGCCUAAACACUGCAUGGACUUGCACGGGCACACUGAUUGCUCGUGUUGCUGCCAUUGGGAGGAAACAGGAAAACACAGGAAAAAUAACAAGAUAUCACACAAACCGUUGUAUAAGGAUUCGUUAAAAUGUGAUACUCGGUUAAAAAAAAUGGCAACUUCCCCAGUACUAUACAGCAAGAGCCACAUGGAAAGUAAGGAUGGAUCUUAGAAGAUGUGAAAGAUGAUACUGUAGAUGAUGAAGAAACAUUUCUGCCCGUCCGACGUGCGCUGUAAAAAUGAAGAGCCUAUUGGCCAUUACACUUUAUCCCAGUACUUUAAUAAUGUAUUCCAGUGUGUUACGUAAAAUGUUAAAUAUGUUUAAAAGAGAUAACUUCUUUUGUUAAAUGUUUGAUUUACAGUGAUCGUAUUGUAGCUCAACACAAUCAGCAUGUUCAUCUUUUCUAUUAGGGAAUGACCAAACUAUGUUAUUCAGUAGCAAUGUAGAGUUUUUAUACUAUAAAUAGAAUUCCUCUAUUAUGCAAGAGACGAUGAUGCACGAGAUAAAUCUGCUGCCUUAUUAUUAGCUUCUUAGACGAGACGUACUUGCACGUGCUUCAUAGUGGCAAUGACCUUUCUAAGUUUUAUUUUAUUUGUCUUUAGUUUACUUAGUAUUUACAUUCGUACUGUGCAGUGCAAUCCUGGCCACUGUGACAUAAACACUUUAUAGUGUCAGUGUUUGAACAGAUUUUAAGACGUGUCUCCAUGUGAGACGUCACUGUUACGUCAUCUGCUGUAGCUUAUAUUAAAAGAAAGGGUUUACACAGUCUUGCUCUUAUUCAGGGGGACCGUUUGUUUUGUUGGAGCUGGUUUUAGAACAUUAUUAUUUUCCUUGAUUUUGAUGUGAGAAGAAGAACUGAAUAUUUAUGUGGAUAAUCUCAUGAAGAAUCUUAUGUCAAGGAAAAGGAUUCACAUUGUGUUGUUCUUAUCUCGUUUUGGUGGAGCUGGUUUUAGAACGUUCAUAUGUUGUUGAUUUACAUGUGACAAGAAGAACAAUGAAUAUUUAUAUUAGGAUUUCAUGAAGAAUCUGCAGGAACUUUUGGCCACACUUUCUAUGACGCUCAUGUCUCUGAUGUUUUAUAAACAUACAUAUAAUGUGUCAUAAUGUGUUUAAUCAGUUAUAUAAACCUAUGAUUACCCAAUGCAAUAACGCAUUAUGAAAUGUGUUAUUGCAUACAUUCUUUUGUGCUAUUCUUCAAGUAUACAGUGCCCACUUUCCUUUACAAUGACAUUAUAAUAAAUGAUCAAUUAUAUAUAUAUAUAUAUAUAAUAUAUAAUGUAUUAAUAAUAUAUUAUUAUUCAUGCAACAACAAAAGCAAAUUAUAAGUAUGUUUAAAAUGCAUCCUAGACAUUGGCGCCAUAGAAAUUAUAGCGAAUCAGGACUGUGCUAGAGAGAUGAAGGAAGAUCUGUACUAGUCUCCAGUCUUCUACAUUUUUGAAGAAAGAAAAAACACCGUAAAAAAUGUUUGGCAUCAUGAGAAGACUUUUAAAGGAUUAUCUGACAACUCUUGUAAAAUUGGGCCAGUGCCAAUAUUGAACCAUCCAGGCUGCACUUGUCAUGAGCUGUGAGUGUGAGAUCUACCAAUGUGGUUAAAUACCAAAUGUGUGUGUUUUUUUAAGCGUAGCAAGUUAUGAUAACAAAAACUGUAACUGUACAAAUCCAAAGCAUUGACAUCAUUGUUGUUUAUUUAUUAGAUUAUAAGUAUUAUACUGUUUGCCUCUUUCGUAAACCAGCUUUAGAGUCGUCGAUCUGGUGUUAUUUAUUGAAGCAGGUAACAUGCACGAUAAUAGAAAUGGAUUUUAAAUAAGGGAAGUGAAUCUGCCAGAUGCCAGAUAGUAUUUGAGCAACGGUCUCAACGAAACUGUUCAAGGAAACUUUUCAAAUGACGUGUUUUUUUUUCUUAUAGUGAAAACUAUUUAAUAAAAGUAUAAGUUCAGCAUUA